UUAUUAGAAACGCAAAUGUUUUCGCAUAAUAUGAUGUUGACUACCAAGAGUAAACGUUCCCCAAAAUGAAAUUUUUAUUAUAAUUUUCCAAAAUGGAGGCAGAAGUUGAAGGAGGUACCUCAAGUGGGCCUGUAACUUCCGAGGAAUCGCCAAACGAUGCCGCACUAUAUCCGAGUGUGAAAGACAUUGAAGAUCGGAGGGGCGAUAACAACCUCAAAGUUGACAACUCAGACGCAAACUCCGUCAGACCAAACUCUCCUGCUCCGCCACUUACUGGUUUUAAUUUUUGGGAUGUGAAUAGUUACAAGAGAACGGUCAAGAGAAUCGACGAUGGCGCUAAACUAUGUGAUGACCUUUUAAAACUUUUGGCGGAACGUGCCGAAAUCGAGGGAUUGUAUGCUGCUAAACUUCAAGGUUGGAGCAAAAAGUGGAAUGACCUGAUCAAUAAAGGCACUGAGUAUGGAUCAGUGAAAAGUGCCUGGCUCAACAUUACAACUGAAGCAGACCAGUUAGCAGAGAUCCACAGUGAACUUCAAAUCAGGCUGGGUAACCAAGUCCAUGGAAAUGUACAAAGGUGGAAGUCAGCAAAUUAUCACAAGGCGAUGCUAAGCUGGAAAGAAACCAAAAAUGCAGAGGAAGGAUUCAGCAAGGCACAGAAACCCUGGGCCAAAAGGCAGGAUGAAGUGCUGAAAUGUAAACGGGCAUACUACCAAGCUUGCAAGGCUAGAGACCAGGCAGAGAAGCUUUACAAAGAAGCAUGUGUUGAAGGAAGUACAGUUGGAGAGGAACAAGUCAAGAAACUCAAAGAUAAAUCAGAAAAAACUGCUAGUGACGCACAGACUACAAGAGGUAGAUAUGAAGAAAGCCUGAGAGAUAUCGGAAAUUAUAACCCCAAGUAUAUGGAGGACAUGCGUUAUGUGUUCAACAAGUGUCAGCAGUCGGAGGAGGAGCGGAAGAACUUCUUCAAGCAAACCUUCCUGAGCUUCUGCCAGCAGAUGUCACUGGCACCACAUUUUAACAGGAUAUCCAGUAUCUACAGUAGUCUUAACAAAGCAUUUGAGGCAGCAGACAUCGAGGCUGAUAUUUCGUGGUGGUCUGUUAACUUUGGCACAGAAAUGCCGACAAGGUGGCCAGUAUUUGAGGAAUACACUGGACAAGAGGUGCAAACGGUCACAAUACAACAACAACAACAACAACAACAACAACAUCAACAGACUGCUGUCACUCAAUCAAAUCCCUCUCAAGGGACCCAAGCCUCUCCUGGUGCUAAGAAAAGCUCUGUUUGUACCACGUUAUAGAUUUAUCAAUCAAGUCAAUGAAACAAGCACCAUUUGAAAGACAAAAUCACAUCUUAGAGAAUUCACUGAACUGUCAGGGCUCACUUGUACAGCUGGGACGCUAUUCACGCUACUAAGUCUAUACCUACAUGUACCUUGAUUGCAACAAGCUGUAACAAAAUGGCGAGCUUGCCAGAGCACUCUUUAACCUUCGAGUCGCCUGGUUCUUAGGCCCAAUACGUCACCAGUCAAUCCGCUUCAGGUCACGACUAAUGAAAUCCUAGCAGCGCAAGCAACCAGUGGCCCUGUUUCUAGGACCCAACUCAGCCACCUCACUACUAAGAGUAACUUCACUUGCCAAGGCCGGCCGGCAAAGCUUAGUGAUGCAUCUCUCUUGUUUAUUCGGACCUACAUGUAUUUUAUGUACUUUAAUUUAUUUUUACCACUUUGAUAUUUGUAUUCCGCAGUUUGAGGCACUUGAGGUGUGAUUAUAGUGUUGUACAUAUUUUAGUAUUUUUAAGUAGUUUACUCAGUCGUUGUUGUACAGUCAAAUGCAUGUGUUUGGUCCACUGUGUACGCGUAGUUGUAACAUAACUGAGCAUGCUUCAUGCACUGCUUCAAGUCAAAAGUCGUUUGGCUAUUCAAUACCAAAUCACAUGAUAAUUGUGGUUGGCUCACAACCUCAGCAAACGCUUUUCUGUGGGGUUUAUUUGUUUAUUUUUUAUUUUGGCUAUAAUCUGAACGAAACCCCUCUUCCUUUAUCUUCGAUCUUCUGCUGCUUAAUCUGCAGGAUCUGCCCUUUAUAGAGGGCUGCAUUACGAUCGUGUACACUUCUUAAUCGUUUCUGUAGGGGACGGUUUUCUUUUAUCGAUAUUUCGAUGUUUUCUCAGACGAACUGUUGUAAACGCGGUUCCGUUUGGCACGAAAUUUUGGCGGUUCUUUUCCAUAAUCCACAAAAAUUAGAACCCGCAAGAAUUUACUCAACUGGCGAAAUUAUACAACAUUUAAACCUUACAUGCGCAAUCUUGUUAAUGCCAUUUAUUUCAAACGUUGCCCAUGACACAGUAUACUUGUGUAGCUGCUAAAAAGUUAACAGAAAGGAUCGUGUGAAGGUACUAUCAGCCACACUGGGGCAACACGUAAUUGUAAAAGAUUGAUUGAUGUCCGUGUAGUGUAAUAUUGAAAAACGUCGAAAAUGGUGUUUUUCAAAUAAACUGGACUUUCUGAAAAUCGUAAAAAUUGAUACCCUGCUCGAAAAACCAAAAAUAUAUUAUAUAGAUAUUGAACUGUGCUUUCAUGUCAGUCGUGUUUUCCGAUUUAACAUAAGCCAGCAUAUCGCCUAGUUUACAAUACCGUUAAACUCAAAAAAAGUUUUACUUCGUUCACAACAUUAACUCACGGUUUGCCUAAUAUUCAUUGGUUAAUGAUGGUUGGGCUGUUCAACGAAACUAAGUUUGAAGGAAGGACCUAACAUUUUUCUAAAUAGCUAGGAUGGACAUUUUAUCGCCUAAUUUUUUGGGAUAUUUUUUAUGCUCAGCAAUGCACUGAUACAACAAGAGCUGUCCAAUUCGUGUGUUUUCAAUACUCUUACCUUUUGUAGUAAAUGCUUUGUACAUUUGGUGUGUAAAAGUUAUGCUGGUCAUAAUUUUUGUUUUGGUGUAAAUACUCCAGUAAUAUAAAGAAAGCAAAGUGAUCACAAGUAUGAAAGCUUUGCUUAAUUAGACUUGAGUUAUGGAAUUUUAACUGCACGAAUACAAAUUAAAAUUUCACUGAUAAUUGCC